AUGCAAAUUCCAAAUGAAUAUGUUUCUACUGCUGAAGAUGUUGCUGACCAGGUGAUCCGCAAAGGCAAAAAUGUAUUACCAACGGUGGCUCGCCUCUGUCUCAUAUCCACAUUCCUCGAAGAUGGACUAAGAAUGUGGUUCCAGUGGUCUGAGCAGCGGGAUUAUAUGGACAUAUCAUGGGGAUGUGGCAAAUUCCUAGCCACUAUGUUUGUUAUAAUAAACUUAUUUGGGCAACUAGGUGGUUGCGUGAUGGUGCUUGGCAGGCUGAAGGUGGACAUCGCUUGUGGGAUUCUGUUCUUCAUCGUAGUCUUGCAGACAUUUGCAUACAGCAUAUUGUGGGACAUACAGUUCCUGCUACGCAACCUCGCCCUUAUAGGGGCUCUCCUGCUGGUGUUGGCGGAGGCCCGCGCCGAGGGGCGCAGCCUCUUCGCCGGUGUGCCCUCCCUCGGCGAGAACAAACCGAAGACUUAUCUGCAGCUUGCCGGAAGAAUCCUACUAGCGUUCAUGUUCAUCACGCUGCUAAGAUUCGAAGUGUCCUUUUUGCAGAUUGUCCAGGACCUUUUGGGAAGCAUCCUAAUGAUUUUGGUGACAGUGGGCUAUAGGACCAAACUCUCUGCACUGAUGCUGGUGCUGGUCCUAACAGUCCUCAACCUAUAUCACAAUGCAUGGUGGGCAGUGCCCUCGUACAAGCCUCUAAGGGAUUUCCUUAAAUAUGACUUCUUCCAGACCCUGUCCGUGAUUGGUGGUCUCCUCAUGAUAGUCUACUUGGGCCCAGGAGGGGUUAGUAUGGACGAGCACAAGAAGAAGUGG